AAUAAAAGUGCAUCGGACAGAUCCAAAUUGAUCCGCAUUAAUCAUAGUUUGGCAAAUAUUUUCCUCAAAACUGUAAACAAUGGUAUUUCACAUGAUUAAUCAUUAAGUAGCGAUUUUGCAAUUGGCUUGACGAAUGUACAUAAAUCGAUUCUGUUAUUACAAAGCUCGGUUUUCGCGAGGAGCCAUAAACAAACAAUGAGCGUUCAAGCCAAGAACGUGAAUGUUUUCGAAAAAUUUGGAAUUGAAACUGGAAAUCUAUAAAAAGUUUAUUUAAAGAAAAGUUUUUUUUUAAGAUUAUUUAGGAGAAAACUCAAAGUUGCGAUAUUUUACUUGAGCUUUGCACGCGCCAACAUGUCGAGCAGUGAGUCGGUUGAACUAAGGCGAAAAUCGGCCUCAAAUGCCUCUUGCAACACCUGCGAAGUUCUUUGCAACUCCCGCGUGUUUCUCAGCCCUUCUAAUGGGCGAGUUAACUCCACCUGCAGUUAUAGUAGUGCUUCGGAUUGCCUCCAGUCUGGACCGAGGGGGCUGAUUCUACCAGGUGCGCGUCGCCUGCAGAAAACCGUCUCCCUGGAAGAAAUCGACAGUAGAAAGAAGCAGAGGAAGAGCAGAAGCGAGCACCGAAGAAAAAGCGAGCUUCUGGAAACAGGAGGACUCAGCAGGAAAAACUCAACAAAGAGGUUAAGGAAAAAGAGCAGUCAACGAAGGCCGAGCAAAGUGCAUGACAUUGAGCGCGGUUCUACUGAAGCCAGUCCUGCAGGUUCCAGAUUGAAUUCCGAAUCCCACAGCGGCAAACAGGGCUUGAGAAGACAACAAUCUAAGGAGCACCAGUGGCGGAUACAGCGCCGAAAAAGAAUCAUCAAGGCGAUCUUGGGCGUCUACAUUUUCCUGCUCUUCAUCAGCAUUUUAUCGGUUGUGGUCACUUUGACUCACACCAGCACUGCUACAGUUCUACACAAUAAUUCUACAAAAAACCUCACUUAUUACACGUUUUCUCCCAGUCCAGGGGUUCCACAUCCAGACAAAACUUGAUCUGUGAAGUUACUAGAAAACUUUAGAUAAGUGUCUGGUUGUCAAUGGAAAUAAAGGUUCUUAUUCACGUGA